GAUUACAGGCGUGAGCCACCGCCCCCGGCGGUUUGUGGGUUUUUAAACACCCAUCUGCCUUAGAGGCUUAGAAUGGUAAAAAAGCAAUGCGGAUGGAUGCAGUGCAGCCGAGCUGGCCAUUCCACAGGGAAGGGUGUGAGAGUCCUAGAGAUCUCUCAGCACAUGGGAGGUAGAAUGUGUGCAGAAGCUGGGCUUUCCUCUGCAGACCUUUCUCCCCUGGUCUAACUGGGGCCUGGUUUUGUUCCGUCCCCAGGGACCCGUGUGGGCUGGUCUGUAAGUACUAGAGGCUUUGAGGAGGCCAGGAUGGUCUUCAGGGUCUUUCCAGUUCUGGAAGUUGGUGGUGCCAGGAUUCUGCGUCAGCAUCUUUCUGUGCUUUAACUGCAUUUUAUCCCAUGUCAUGUGUUUCCUUGGAGUUCUGAGGUAAGAAGGGGUCUGAAGUUUCUUUGGGGCUCUGAGAAUGCUGGGAUCAGUUACAGUAAGUUCUCAAUCUUGAUAGGUUCUUGGGAUCUUCACCUUUAAGCAAAACAUAGAAUGAAACCAGUUUUACUAUAGGCUAAUUGAUAGAAGCAAGAGUUAAGUUCCUGUGAAUGUUUCUGACCACAAAAAAUCACUGAACUUUUAAAGACCCCAAACAUUUCUAAUAUUAACCAUUGAAAUGUGAGCUAUACAUGCAUUUAUGAACAAUUAAUAAAAAGUUAGAUAAUUAUUUACCUAAUUACUCCAGUUCAGGGUUGCAGGUGGUCCCCUAUCCGGGAAGCUCAGGGCAUAGGGUGGAAACCAGUCCUGGACGGGACACCUUCCCAUGGCAGGGUGCACCCACACCCACACUCACUCAGACUGGGACCAUUUAGACACACCAGUGAGCCUAAGUGCACAGCUUUGGGAUGUGGAGGAAUCUAGGGUACUCAGAGAACACCCAUGCAGACAUGGGGAGAACAUGCACACUCCUCACAGACAGUAGCCCUGGCUGGAAUAGAUUUUUUCUUUUUUUCUCAUCAGUGUUAUGAUGACACUAUUUGAGGACCUCCCGUAGUGAUGUCUGGACAGGAGAAUAUUAGGAGCGGCUGUGUGUAAGGUAUCUGCACCCUGUACCACAUUCUGAGGCCCUUAGGAAUGUACUGUGCCUUACUCACCCCCGCCUCCCUGUUCCCAUGGGUGCAUUGUAGGUGUGGAAGAACAUGGAAAUCCAUGGAGGAGGACCCUAUCUGUCUUCUUCCCCCUGCUGCAUCCCACGGCUGUGGCUUGUCAUGUAGCACUUGCUUGGGCUGGAUCCAGCCCUGACCCUCUAAUCUGCACCCUGUGAGCCACCAAGACUGAACCAAGCCCAGGAAGCGGCGCCACCAACCGGCCUCGCAGAGGCCCUGGAGCAGUGACAGCACAGGAGAUCCGCUGGCUCGGGGGAAGGGGAGGAAAGAGGAAAACAAAGGGAGUGAUCGAGUGAGCCUCGCCCCGCCUUCCUGUGCCGGCCCAUGAUGUGUCAGUCAGAGGCGCGGCGAGGACCAGAGCUCCGCGCGGCGAAAUGGUUGCACUUCCCCCAGCUGGCCCUGAGGCGGAGGCUGGGGCAGCUGAGCUGCAUGUCCAGACCCGCCCUGAAACUGCGCUCCUGGCCCUUGACCGUCCUCUACUACCUCCUGCCCUUCGGCGCCCUCAGACCGCUCAGCCGGGUGGGAUGGAGGCCCGUAAGCAGGGUGGCUUUGUACAAGUCAGUGCCGACACGCUUGCUGUCACGGGCCUGGGGUCGCCUCAAUCAGGUGGAGCUGCCACACUGGCUGCGCAGGCCCGUCUAUAGCCUGUACAUCUGGACCUUCGGGGUGAACAUGAAGGAGGCCGCCGUGGAGGACCUGCAUCACUAUCGCAACCUCAGCGAGUUCUUCCGGCGCAAGCUGAAGCCGCAGGCCCGGCCCGUCUGUGGCCUGCACAGUGUGAUCAGCCCAUCGGAUGGAAAGAUCCUCAACUUUGGGCAGGUGAAGAACUGCGAGGUGGAGCAGGUAAAGGGGGUCACCUACUCCUUGGAGUCGUUCCUGGGCCCACGCACCUACACAGAGGACCUGCCCUUCCCGCCAGCCGCCUCGUGUGACUCCUUCAAGAACCAGCUGGUCACCCGGGAAGGGAAUGAGCUCUAUCACUGUGUCAUCUACCUGGCCCCCGGGGACUACCACUGCUUCCACUCCCCCACAGACUGGACUGUGUCCCACCGGCGCCACUUCCCAGGCUCCCUGAUGUCAGUGAACCCUGGCAUGGCUCGCUGGAUCAAAGAGCUCUUCUGCCAUAACGAGCGGGUAGUCCUGACGGGGGACUGGAAACAUGGCUUCUUCUCACUGACGGCUGUGGGGGCCACCAACGUGGGCUCCAUUCGCAUCUACUUUGACCGGGACCUGCACACAAACAGCCCAAGGCACAGCAAGGGCUCCUACAACGACUUCAGCUUCGUGACGCAUACCAAUAGAGAGGGCGUCCCCAUGCGCAAGGGCGAGCACCUGGGCGAGUUCAACCUGGGCUCCACCAUUGUGCUCAUCUUUGAGGCCCCCAAGGACUUCAAUUUCCAGCUGAAAACAGGACAGAAAAUCCGCUUUGGGGAGGCCCUGGGCUCGCUCUAGAGCCUCUUUCCUGAUUAUGGCUGCUAAGGGAUCUUUUCCAAACAGAGUGAGGGUCUUUUAGAUAGGGAGGCCCAUGAGGCCAUCCAGGUGAGGGCCUGCCUCAGGGUGGGUGAGAGUCUGACCAGGUAGGACUUGAAUGACUCGGCUCCCACCUGUUCCGGAGGUGCAGACAAGAGGUGGUGAGAGCCCCCGUCAUGCCCUCAACCUAUCCUGUUCCUUCUCCCUACAAAUAAAAAGUGCAGGCUGGAAUGAUCUGUCACAUUUGGAUCUUUUUAAACACUGUAUAGACGGGAGAUCCUGCAUUCCCGACUGAACCUUCAGUUGGUCUCGAUUGUCAUUUUUUCUUGCUGCUCCUCCCCAUCACCUAGGCUGUUUUCUGUUGGCCCCUUUUGUUUUUUGGCCUUAACCCUCCUGCUGCACAGGGUGAGGUGCCUCCUUGGCACAGACUGUGGAUGCCUCUUCCCCCAGCAGAGCCACACAGCCUUCAUGACAACUGCUUUCUGUUCCCAAAUUCACCUCAUCCUGCUCUUUAGAAAAAGCAGUCUUUGUGCUUGUGGCUGAAUGCAUCACCCUGGACUCUGCCAGUGUCUUCUGAGGACACUGAUUAAUGAUACAGACCUCUGUAGGACCUGAUGAGUGACCUUCUGGAGCUGGUCAGGUCCUCGUUGCAGCAGGCAAGACUAAUCACUGAACCUGCCUCAUGGCACCAGAAUGAACAGGGCAGGCAGGUGGUAGGCCCAGCUGGGGACAGGGGAGAGUUCCUGUCCUCCCCAUAUCCCUACAUGAAAUGUGGGAAAGUUGCUGCUGUUGAUUCAGGGUCUGUCUGGGAGGCAGAGGGCCCUUGGUGGAUAGUUGGUCAGUGCCUGGAAAACCUGUCCCAGUUAUCAGGAAUGCGUGCCUGGGGAGCCCCCAAUGGCGGGGACAGGGCCAGAGUUCAUGUUGACCCUGGGGACGCUGUGAAUUUCUCCUGCAGGAGAGCCAUCAUUGAACUUUUUCAACUGUAUCAGUAGCACAGUAUUUUUGUAUGAGAAGUGGGAGACUUCUGAACAGUAAUUCAUUUAAUGGCAAAACAUUUUGAAAUAAAAAAAUAAAACUUA